AUGUUUAAUAUUGAAUUUGAUUAAGAUGUUGAAUUAAGAGCUGUCUAAAAUGAAGAUUUUGAAUAAUAAUAUCUUGAUAAUUGUUUAAGGGAAUCUAGAAAAGAGCCGAAUACAACUUACCCUCACAUAAGCAGAUCAAUUAGUUCAAAAAGUAUUGAAGCUGAAUAUCUUCAUAAAACCCCGGAUACACCAUUCGAUGAGGUUGUUACUUCUGCUUAAAGUUUUGAACUUCUUGGUCGCAAGAUUGUUUAACAAUAAGAUAGAAGAGGUAGUAUUCCUAGUGCAGGAACAAGUUUGAUGUGUAGUUUUUAUAUUAGAAGAUUCAUCGAAAAAAUCUCUUCAAGUCGAAAAAGAAUAUUAAAUAUGAAUGAAACUCAUUUUAAUUUAAUAGAAGAUAGAGCAGCUGAUAUGUAUAUUUUAUUUUAAUGUAGGUAAAAUUUAUUUAAUUACUAACAUCAAUGUAAAAAACAAGGAUCUUCCUCUGGAAGAAUGAGAGCCUUUUUAAGGAAAGAUACUGGUUUAAGGAAUCAAACUCUUAUAGAAUAAAUAAAAGCAAGAUUAAAAAUAAUGAAGAAAAACAUUUUAGACAUCAUUACUACUGUAGUCAAUAAAAUUCCUAUCAUUUAACCUGAAUCACGUUUUAAGAUGAUUUGGGACUUCUUUGCUUCUUUUUUUAGAAUUAUUUUAGUCUUGCUUAUCCCUUUAGAAAUAGCAUUCAAUCCUGGUAUAUUAUUUUUAAAUUAUAUUUAUUUGACUGCUCUAAUAAUUGUAAUAUUAUAAAUUGACUUUCUAAUAAGAAUUAACACAUUAUAAUAUAGAAAUGGAGCUGCAAUUUAAAAUAGGUGGGAUUUAUUAAUUCAUUAAUUAAAAUAAGAAUUUAUGACUGAUUUUUCAACUUCAUCUGUACUUAUAAUUUUUAUGAUUGAACCUGAACUCAAUAACAAUAUAAAUUUAUUUUUGCUUGUUGUAUUAGCAUAAUAUAGAUAUAUUUAUGAGACAUUUGCAAAGAGUGAUUAAAUUUCUUAUUUAACAAGACCAUUAAGAGGAGUUAUAAGUUUAAUUAAAUUGGUAUUAACAUUAUUGUUUAUACUCCAUCUUUUUAGUUGUAUAUGGUUUUGGUUUAGUUAAAUAAGUUUAGAUGAUUCUUGGAUAAAAUUUAAUGGUUUAGAUUUAAAAGCAUGGGAGUUGCAAUAUUUAGAAUCAUUAUAUUUUGCUGUAGUUACAAUGUUAACUAUUGGUUAUGGAGAUAAUGUUCCUAAAAAUUCAAUAGAAAAAAUGGUGACAAUAAUGUUUAUUUUAUGGGCAUGUAAGAUUUCUCAUUAAAUUUUAGGUUUAUGGCUUUCUUAUAGUGUAAAUUUUAUAGGUGGAAUCAUUGAUGAUAUUACUUAGAACUAGAUAGAAAGAAAUAGAAAAAUGAGAGUUAUUAAUAAAUAUAUGGAUCAAAGAAAAAUUCCAUUUAAUAUGAAACAUAAGUAAAUAUUAUAUUAAAUUGUUUUAGAAUAAAAGAGUACUUAACAUUUAGAUGGAAAGAAGAUGAUGAAGUUGAUUUAGAAAUUGAAUAAACUCUAUUAGAAUAAUUAUCAGAUGAACUCAAGGAAGAAUUAGAUAAGGAAGUUCACAAAAUCUUCAUUAAAAAAUCAGCUUUUCUUUAAAAUUUUGGCGAAGAUUUAAAGGAUGCCCUAUCAAAAUCUAUUAAAAGAAAAAUCAUUCCUCCAUAAAAUACAUUUUCAAUUGAUUUUGAUGGCUAAAUGCAUUUAUGUUUUGUAGAAUAAGGAAUUCUGCUUUAUUAACAUCCUGAUAGAAAACAGAGAUCAAAAAUGAAUUCAUAAAUUAAAUAAGAAUAAUUCUUUUGUGUUAGAGAAUUCAUUAUUUAAAGUCCUAAUAUUGAAUAUUUUAAAUCAAAUGGUUAUGUAAGUUUACUAAUACUUUCUAAAAAGGAAUUUUUAGAUACAAUAAAGAAUUAUCCUGAGGAUUAUCAAAAGUUUUGUGAAAUAAGAGAAUAAAUGAAUUUAAAUAUGUAUCCUCCUUAAAUAGAAAAUGGAGUAUUUUGUCCAGCUUGUCUUUAAUUUAAUCAUAAUUUAAAAAGCUGCCCAUAAAUUCAAUACACACCUGAUAAAGAAGUUAUUUUAAAAAGAUAUUUAUUAACAAAAGAAUAGAAACGGAAAUAUAAAUAGAGAAAUAAUUCUAAAAGAUUUUAAAGUGAGUAAACCAUAAAAAAUGCAAGAUCAGAAAAGGAUUUGAUUUAGUAAUUUGCAUAAGUAUUUUAAUCUGAAAAUAUUUAAUUAAUUUAAGAAUAAUAAAAGAUUCAAUUAAUUUAUGAAUAAGAAUCAAUGACUUCAAGUGCAGAUGUUAGUCCUUGUUUUAAAGUUUAAAAUGAUGGUAGAUUUUAAGCAGCUGUUUAAAAAUCAAAAAAAAUAAUAAAUGAUUAACAACCCUAAGGAAUUAAUACUUCUAAACUUGUAGAUGUUAGAGCAAAUCUUCAUUAAGCAUUGUAAAAUAGAAAAUAAUCAAUAUUUAAUUUAAAUAUCUCAUCAGGUAUAGGAAGAAGUCCAAAAGGCAUGAUUAUCUACUAAGAAGAUUAUAUAAAAGAAGGUAAUGAAAGUGAUGAGAAUAGCGAUAGUAAUGAUGAAAGUUAAAAAUCAGAAAAAAAAUACGAUAAAAAAUUAAUUACAAUAACAGAUUUUAAUGAUAAUAUGAUAGAAAACAUAACUAAUUUAUAUCAUUAGCUCUAAAGAGAAUUAGAACUUAAUGAAAAUGAUCAAACUAUUUAAAAGGCUUACUGUUAAAUUGAACCUCUUUAUUGGUAAUUUAAUCAACAAAGAUUGUACGAUUUUGAAGUCAUGGCUUCAUAUGAGAGUUUCUUUAAAAAUGGAAACUUUAAUGAAAUCAUUAAAAAUAAUAAUCAAAAUCAUUUCGAUUGGCAACUAUAAUUUCUUCAAAAAUUACAAAAAUAUAUGCUUUAUCCAUUUAUUUUUAUUUAAAAAUACUUAAAUAAGAAAAGAAAUCUUAUAAAUCUAUAAUAAAUUAAGCAUAAUCCAUUCAAAAGAUUAAAUAGUAGACUAAAAACUUUAAAAAAUAGUUUGAAACUAAAAAAAAAAACAGUAUUACUUAAACCAAUUUAAAAACUUGGGUAAGUCGUACCAGAAAUAUGA